GAGAAUUCACUUUAGAAGGAAAACUACAGCCAUACUGAAUAAGUUGCACAGUCCAAAAAGAAGAUUUUUUAUCUGGAGACUGGACAUGCCUGGAUUAUAUGAGAAGCUAAUGCUCGUGGCAGCAGUGGUUCCAGCUGUCUUGACCGUGGUGAGGUCGUCCCCAGUGGUGGGGCCGGAGCCUAUCCGCUGCGCACCCUGUACCCAGGAGAAACUGAACCAUUGUCCUGCCAUUCCAGCAGACUGUAAGCAGGUGCUGAGGGAGCCUGGCUGUGGCUGCUGCAUGGCCUGUGCUCUGGAGAAAGGAGCAUCGUGUGGGGUUCACACAGCCCACUGUGGUGAAGGUCUCCGAUGCACUCCCAGGCCCGGUGAGGCCAGGCCUCUACAUGCUCUGACCAGAGGACAGGGGGUCUGCACUGAAGACCUGGGCCAAGAUGAAGUUGAUGGAGUCCCUGACCACAGUUCCCUGCACUACCUGUUGGGGCUCAACCUCCCAUUGGACCACCAAGACACUGCUGAAGGCCAGGAGAGUAUCAAGGCCAAAGUCAAUGCCAUCCGUAACAAACUGGUACAACAGGGUCCUUGUCACGUUGAACUGCAUGCAGCACUGGACAUGAUAGCCAGCUCCCAGCAGAAACUAGGAGAGAGGUUCACAACUUUCUACCUCCCCAACUGUGAUAAACACGGCUUCUACAAGGCCAAGCAGUGUGAGUCAUCUCUGGUUGGACCGCCUGCUCGCUGCUGGUGUGUCUCUUCCUGGAAUGGGAAGAAGAUCCCGGGCUCAAGUGACCUCCUUGGUGACUCAGUUUGUCAUCAAGAAGUCACUCACUGAAGGAUGGACUCAUAAACAUACCCCCCCCCCCCCCACACACACACACACACAGACAGGUGUGUUAGAAGAAAACAUAAAGCUACAUAUUGUGUUUCUUGUAUUUAAUCUAAAAUCAGGGGAGUGUGUGCAACAACUUCCUUUUAAAAAACACACAAGAUGUAAAAUACUAUUUCCAAGGGGAAACUUUCCUCUCAUUUUAUUUACAUGUAUGUAUCAAAACUUAUUUAUUCAGUACUUGUAUAUUCUUACUAGCAUUAACCAUUUGUCAUUUUUAGAUUUUUUAUAUGUUUGCCUAUUUUUUCAAUUGUAAAUAGGGCAACACUGUAUACAUUUGUAUUUCUGACUAAAUAACUCCAUUGCUCAAAAACCACAGGUCCACAGCUCUGCCAAGCCCAUUUCAGAGUCUUCAGGAUCAGUUUUUUUUUCCAAUUCAUUCAAACCUGGAGCUGUGCGCAGCACGAAACAACACAGCCGCUCAUUCAUUCAAGAUGUUGACAUUGUCUGAAUGUAUCUCCAUUGGCGUUUCCUCAAUGGGUAUUGGGGGAAAUACUUAAAGUGCCGCAAAUAUGUGCACGGUGGCCAAGCACAAACAUAUCAGGGCUCAUCCAAGCCACUGUGAGGUUUGGGAUGGGUUGUUCUGCAUUUGUCUACCUCUACUAGUCUCUGCAGGUCCACAAGUAUAGUAGAAGAUUGCUGUGGGCUCUUCUCAGUUACACCUUUCUCACUUGUAUUUGCCUAGAGGGUCAUUGUGCUCUUUUUCGACCUAUUCUAGCAUCUGUUCUAUAGUAUUUAUUAUGAUUCACUCAUGUGUUUAUGCUUUUGUUGUUGAGGUCAUGUGCAGUGGACCAACACUGUUUGUGAAUGCUGUUUGAUAGGAACACUGCUGCUAUUCCAUUAUUGGUUUUGUUGAAAUAAUGUAUAUAUUGUACCAUUCUAAUUCUGUGGACAUGCAUCCAAAUAAAGUAUUGUUUCAUCUUGAUGGC